AUGGAAGAAACCAAAUGUGAAAAAAGAGCCUUAACAUCAAUGCCAACAACUUCUCUGCAAGCCGCAAAAAGACAAUUAACAAUAAAUGAAUCUUUAAGGGGUAAAGUUAUGUGGGACGUGUGCAACCCGAGAUCAAAGGAAAUAGAUAAAUUAAUUGGAGAGAUGGUUGCUUUGCAAGAUCUUCCGUUUAAUUUUGUAGAAGGAAUCGGUUUCAGGCGUUUAAUGGAGUCAGUAUUACCCCGCUAUGUUUUGAGGGGACGGCAAUACUUUACGGAAUACGUUUGUGAAACAAUGUAUGCAGAAAUCAAGAACCAAAUUGUUCAGUUAUUAAAAACAUUUAACAAACUUUCUUUUACCACUGACAUUUGGUCGGAACCCAGUGCUGGGGUUUCUCUUUUAAGUUUGACAGCACAUGGUAUAUCAUUGGAGUUCCAAAGAGUAAAUAUUGUACUCAGGUGUGAAAGCAUCGAAGGCAGUCAUACUGGCGAUGUUAUAAAAUCAACUAUACUUUCAAUGAUAAAUGAAUGGCAAAUUUCUGAUAAAGUACACUGCGUUGUCCAUGAUAAAGGGUCUAAUAUGAUUAGAGCAAUGAAUCUUACUAACUUUUUGCACAUAAACUGUUCCGUACAUCAGCUUCAACUUUGUAUUAAAAAUGCUUUAAACUUAAAAGAAAUUCAAGGGCUUAUUGCGACUAACAGGAAACUAGUCUCACAUUUCAAUCACUCACUUUUGGCAAAGGAAAAGCUGAGUAAUAUACAAAAAAACAAGCUGAACCAAAAACCUCUUGGUGUAAUACAGGAUUGUCCAACCAGAUGGAAUAGUACAUAUUAUAUGAUGGAAAGAUUAUUGAAAAUUAAAGACUCAAUAAUAUUGUAUCUUAACAACUACGAGCAACUUUCCAUAACUCUCGAUGAUUGGAAAAUAAUGGAAAAAUGUGUAAACAUCUUAAAACCUUUUGAGGAGGUUACUCGAGAACUUAGCAGUUCAACUAUUUCGAUUUCGUCGGUUAUACCAUUAAUACACAUUCUCACAUCUAAAUUAAAUAAAGAAAAAUCAUUGGAAAGCGGUCCACCUUAUGUAGCCAAAAUAAUUGAAACGCUUAUGUAUGAGCUGAAUUUCAGAUUUUCAGAUUUAAGACAAACACCAAUAUUUUCAAUAUCAACAUAUUUGGAUCCAAGAUACAAACUAAAGUUUUUUGGCGAGGAUGAUAAAAAUAAGAUUCGCUCUGAACUUGUAAAAUUAAUACAUCAAAAUUAUUCCGAUGUUGAAGUGUGCAAUUCUUCAACAAAAAUAACAGAGAAAACUACUUUAAUAGCUAAUGACAACGACGCAGGUCCCCAUAACGCUUCAUCACAAAUACAAGCUGAUAUAGAAAUGUUUUUAAAUGAAGACAGCAGUGAUAUUGAAUACGAAGUGGAUGAAAUAUUAACAGUUUCUGAAAUAAACGAGGUAUUAAAAGAAUAUGAUAAGGAACGAAAAGUUCACAUUUCCCAAGACCCACUACUAUGGUGGAAAAAAAACUGUUUAAAAUAUAAAAUUUUAGUUCCGGUAGUACGUCAGUUUCUAUCCACUCCCCCCGGAAGUGUUCCUAGUGAACAAUUAUUUAGUGGAGCUGGAUUAAUAUAUGAUACUCGACGCUUCAAUCUUAAAAUUAAUUCUGCCAAUAAUAGUAGUAGUAGUAGUAGUGAUAAUGUAGAAGAGAUAUUGAUAGUAGAAGAAUGUAUAGUAAAUUAUGAUUUGUAA